GCUAUUCCGGGCCCUUUCUUAUCAUCCUUGUCGACAUCGCGAACGAUGGCUUGGACAUGUGGCGGAAAGACGAACGCUGAGCUCAUCGCGAAUAUGCACCGGGAAGCCCUAAUCAAGUCGGAUCUCGUCGCAGCGGCGAUGCAGAAAGUAGACCGAGCGAAUUAUGUUCGACGGACAUCCGAGGCUUACUUCGACUCGCCACAGACGAUCGGACAUGGCGCUACGAUAUCGGCUCCUCAUAUGCAUGCGCAUGCGGCCGAACUACUAGGAGAUCAUCUUCAUCCCGGAGCGCAUGUCCUCGAUGUCGGUUCGGGCUCAGGCUAUCUGUGUGCCGUCUUCCAUCACCUUGUCUCUGCGAACGGACAGCCUGGGAAAGUCGUCGGUAUCGAACAUAUCCCUGAACUCGUGGAGUGGAGUAAAGAGAACGUCCGGAAGGACGGGCUCGGUUCUGCGUUGGACAAGGAACAUAUUGUGUUAAUUGCUGGAGAUGGAAGACAAGGUUGGGCGGAAGGAGGCCCAUACGAUGCCAUUCAUGUCGGUGCAGCUGCGCCCACGCUUCCGCAACCACUCGUCGAUCAACUUGCACGUCCAGGGAGGAUGUUCAUACCGGUGGGAACCCAUAGUCAGGCAGUGCUGCAGGUGGAUAAGCACGAAGAUGGGAGUGUCACAAAGAAGGAGUUGUUUGGAGUUGUGUACGUGCCUUUGACGGAUAGGGAGAAGCAAUUCUGAUUAGUAUAUUCAUCAUAUGAGUGUAAGUUAGGCAAAGGCAGGGUGUACAGUAGCAGUUCGUCAAUCCAUCUUGCU